CUUUCGGUAGAAGGACACAACAUUGUGAAAUUUGCAACACAUAAUAUAUGGGAACAACUCAGUUAUUAGUUUAGCAGUUCCCGCCUUACCGGAGAGCUGGGAAGAUGUUCCACACCGUGAGACUGUUUUCUGGUCUGGCUGGAAUGUGUAUAGUUGGAUUUAUUUUCUGGAUGUUUGUGAUUGCAUUCGUAGACUUUAAUACUUCCGAAUUUAGAAAUCUUGUUCCAUCUGCCAACUAUCUUUCGACUUCGUACAGCGAAAAAGUUAAUUCGGUAAUGAAAACACCCAAGGAAUUCUUAAGGAUAGCUCUGGAAAAUGCUAUCCAUACGGAUAGAUCGGAGCCCGCCACAACGGUUAACUCCACAUCCGGAAAAUAUAUUGAUAUUUCGCCGUUUCAGUUUAUGGAUUAUUAUAGUCAACUUGCCAGCAUGAGCGGAUGGGUUGCCAAUGGAACAGGCUUGACCGUCUCAGAGAUGUUUUAUGUGAUGAACUUUGGAGAUCCGUCACAUCUGAACUUCACCAAAUCCAUCACGGCUCCCUAUUCGGUUGCGAUGUGGACCCAAAACCGAUUAGCAUUCCGCGCUGAUUUACGGACGCUACGCGCCAAAGGAUUCUUAGAUCCCAAUGAGACUAUGAUUGUCCCUAGUAAGAAUCCACCGCCAUACGUUACCGUUGACUUACCAGUGGACAUGGACGUGCCCAGUUGGAUGAUGGCCGUGGGGUCACUGUUUGCCAACGCCAAAUCGCGCGAUGCUAUUCCGGUUCUGCUGACCAUUAAAGCACACGCCGCUGCGCAGCAUUUUGAAAACAUCACCAUGCAAAAAGUGAGUUACAGCACCCUGACAAGCAACAAAGGCGAAGUCAUCGAAAUCAUCCCCAGGAUGUGCCGAACAAAGACACCAAACUACGUCAGUCUUCGCACAAAUGGAAAGUGGAUGAAUCUACGCGAUGGAGCAUCAGGACGCUACUGACAUUCAAACGAGACAUUUAUAAUCAGAGCAUAGUUCUAUUGGUUGAUAAACUGUACGAAAUGAUGCAGUCUGCGCCCGAUGUCCGCGAGUGGGCGCUGCCCUCCGUGGUGGCCGUACAUGUCAAUCUUGGGAAAUCGCCUUCGCCGGUUGCGGAUGAACGGCGUCUGCUGCGCGCCGUUCUCCAUUACCAGAGACUGCAUUCGCCCGUUCUGUUUUAUCUAUUUUGCAGUGAAGUUGGUUACUGUAAGCAGCUGUUCACCGAACCGAAUAUUGUAUUUGUGGAGAAUAUCACUUCGGAAGUCAGCGUUGCUUUGACUUCUUUAAUGGAUUAUGUGAUUCUCACAGACAGCGUGGAAGGAUGGUUAGGUGCGUACCUGGGAGACGCGGUGGAGGUUUCUUAUAUAAACAACGAGAAAAGCGAAGAUUAUUACUACACAUUGCCGGAUUGGAAGCGUUUUUUGUAGUUCAAAAUGAACUGCAUCUUUUCUCGCAGUAUUUCAGUGAUCUUGCUGUGUACAAAGCGAUACGUUACAGAUUUGUAUUAAUUAUAAUUUAUACACCACUGUAUUUCUUGUAUUUGGCAUACGCUGUGUGUGCACAGUUGUUAACUACUGCAGCUAGCGGAUUUUAAUUUUUGUCCUAAACGUUCCGUUAAUACAAAUGUCAAAAUUGUCG